GGCCAUGUUGGUGGGCUUUUGGAUGUUCAGCCUCUGUGCGAUUGACAUAUUAUUUUUGCCAUGCCUCCAAAGAAGAAGGCUGCUGCUGAGCCAAAAGGUUCACCUCUGAAGAAAGCCAAGAAAUCCUUUGCUUGGGAAUGGAAGGAUGGGACAUCUUGGAAAGCAUAUGCUGACGAGGAUUCCGAACUGUUGGAGCAUCUUUAUGCUACAGUAGGUGCAAAGGGGAAGGUGGUCACCACCGAGUUCUCCUUCAACCAGGAACACCAAACCAAAUACGAGCUGAAUUUCGCGAAGAUGUCGCAGACCAACUUGGAAAGCAAAAAGUCACGGACCAUCCGCAGGAAAGGUGACUUUGCAGCUGUGGUGAAGAAAGCAGUCUGGGAAUGGUGGUCAGAUGAUGAUGAAUGGGAGUCUUUCAAAGAUGUGGAUGCUCAGCUUCUUGAGAAGGCGUAUGUGGCUGGAGAGACGCCCUUCAGCACGAAGAAACUCAGUUGGAACGAAGGAUUCGAUAGCCUGUACAUUUUUGAUUUCACCGUCAUGACGCAGGUCAACUGUGAGAGCAAGACAUCGCGGAAGAUUCAGCGCACUGCGGCAGGUGGUUCCAAGCUCUUCGGCCACAAGGAUGGUGAGGAUGACGGCUACGCUGGUGCUGUGGGAUUCCUUUCGGACAAAGUUGGCGACACCACGGUGAUGUUUGCUGGAAAGUUCGAACCAAGCCUGUCUCCAGCGCAUAUUGCGGAGCAGAAGAAGCUUGGUGCACAGUCGCUCCGAAAGCAGAAGAAGGAUUAUGGACCCAUUGUCUCCAAAGAUGAGCAUGGGAGGAAGUGUUUUGACGAGAUGCUGAAGAACGAGAAAGAGUUCUGCGGCGAAUGGGUGGUCUUUUACCACAGCUAUUCAAGUGCAGCACUUCUCUAUGAAGUACAAGCAGCAGUGGCUUCGGUGCUCUUUCGCUUUAAAGCCGAGUUUGCAUCUCUUCCUCGAUUGUUGUGUGCUCCGUUCCACCACAUCCCCACUGCAAAGCGCAUGUUGGAGGAGUUCCCAAAGUGGAAGGAUCAAGAUCACAACCAGGCAUUCCGUUUAGUUGGCUUGUGUGGCACCUCAUCCUUGUUAGCGCAUGACUCCGAAGCACCUGCAAAGUCCGUCUUCCUGGCUGGUUACAGCGUUGGCCCUUUGAAGGGAGUGCUGGAGAAGUUGCUGGGAAGUUGCGGAGUUCCUGCAGGGAAGGUGAAGGGCUUGGCCACUGAGAUCAUCAAGCUCGCAGUGAAGUGCGGCCUCGACUGCUCUGGCAUCCCUGGUGGAAAGAAAUGCAAGUCCGGUAGAUCUGGGCACAUGCUGCAGAUCUUCUUGAGGCGAGAACUCUGCGACGAAUAUGUCUAUCCUUCGUUCCCGUUCGGCGUGCCAGACAAGAAGAGGGACAAGCCUUUGAGCAAGUACCUAACGCAGGAUGUAGCCAUUGAGGGACAGGUGCGGAUCACUCUCAAUCCUGACGUCUUUUUGCGGGCCACCACUGCUCGAAUGUUCACCUUCUCGGCGGAUCCCACCUUCCACAAGAAUCGCGCUGAUUUCCAGGAAGAGCUGAAGUCCAUGCUGGAGCCCAUCUUGGGCUCAGAGGCCGUGCGCCGCAAGGCUGCCAAAGGCAUAUUCGGAGGAGAUCCGCCGGAGUGGUGGUCUGCCGAGGAUCAAAGUGACCUGGCAAAGAUGUCCAAGGGCCGCUAUGCAUCUUCAGCGCUUGACGAAUAGCUUUAUUCAUCACCACCGCGCCUUUGCAUUGAAGCACACAAA